AUGGGAGGGUUGCAGACGGCUGGGCCCGUGGUCGCGCUCGGGUGGUUCCGAGUAGCUGCUGCUGGUGUCGGCUGGAGGGAGGGUUCCCGGCCCCAGGUCACCAUGCUGCCUACAAAGGUGGAAAUCGAGAAGCAGGAUCUGGAGACGACCAACGCCCGGAGCCGCCUUGAUGCUGUGCUGCAGUGUCUGCUGGAGAAAAGCGAUGUGGACCGGGAGCAGAUGGACGAGGAUGCCGGGAAGACAUCCAGCGACCCGCUCAGCAAGGACUCCUCCCCCUCCGCGGCUGGGAAGAGGCCCUCGGCACGGUUCUCCCAUCACCGGCGCAAGAAGAGGAAGGAGACAGAUGACGGAUUGACUGAGAGUGGCCAGCAGAGACAGAACACCUACAUCAUCAAGCUGUUUGACCGGAGUGUGGACCUGGCGCAGUUUGCAGAGAGCACCCCGCUGUACCCCAUCUGCCGGGCCUGGAUGAGGAACAGUCCCGCCGUACGCGAGAGGGAGCGCUCGCCCAGCCCCCCGCUGCCCGCCCUGCCUGAGGAUGAGGAGGGGGCUGAGGGGCUGAACGGGAAGAGCCAGAAUGUGUACAAGCUGCCCCCGCCGUGUGCUGGCCUGGAGAAUGCAGGCGGGGAGUCUGUGAGCGCCAGGAUACCCUCCCCACUGCCGCCCGAGGACGGGGGGUCGCUCCCUGACACGACCCCUGAUGCACGGCCCUCGAUGUCUUCUCUCAUCUAUAAGAACAUGGAGCGCUGGAAGAAGAUCCGCCAGCGGUGGAAGGAGGCAUCGCACCGGAACCAGCUGCGCUACACUGAGAGCAUGAAGAUCCUCAAGGAGAUGUACGAGCGGCAGUGAUGGACCCCACACCCUGCCCAGGCCCCCCUCUGGGGGUGGGGCUGUGCUGAGGCCCAGCCACUGGGAGUGGAGCCACUUGGGUGCCCUGCCUCCGGGGGGGCCACUCCUAGUAGAAAGCAGCCUCAUACCCUGGGCUUGGUGCUGGGGAGAAUUGUCUAGCUCCGGGCUGCCCCUCACGCCCCCUUUCUGUCCCCUGGCUGGGCUCUGUGUGGGGUAGGUCUGCCCCCUAGUGGAGGCAGCGGCUAGUGCAUGUAAGGGGACCUAGUCUCCCAUCCCACCAUCUCUCUUCCCCCUCUCCCCCCCGCCCCCAUUCCAACAUAGCCAAUAAACGGAG